GCCAUGGAAACAAAAGUGCACCCCAUUGUCCUUGAUGCUCAAAACAACUUCUAAAUCCAGAAAGAAAAUGUGCGAAGUUUUCAGAACGCAGCAGAAGCCUUCCGUCGGUCGGCCAGGCCGAGAUAAAGAGAUUAGAGGAGGGAUGAUAACACAUGCCUCAUGUGCACACGCAUAGGUGCAGCACCGCCAUCAAAACUAAACUUUUGAUGAACAUUUUCAACUUUGCAAUUGUCCAAAGAAAUACCACCUGAAUGGAUAAGGAAAAAAAAACAAGGCGGAAAAGUGACAAAAGGAAGAUUUAGCAUUAACACCACUCAUUUAGUCGAGUCAGCACACAUGCAAGCACACAGGCAGCUUUGAUAGGAUUAACAGCGUGUGUGUGUGUGUGUGUGUGUGUGUGUGUGUGUGUGUGUGAGACAACUUGAAUACGAAGUGACCAACAGGUGGCACUGAGCGUCCAAGGUCACAAAUGACCAAAAGUAAAAGUAAAUAGACGUAUUGCAGGUAACAAUAAACGUCAGCAAGAAGUUCAAUCACUCCGACCAGAACCAGGACCAUACAUUUGUGGCAGCCUCUUUAUUCACAUUGCAACUUUACACAGUGCACUGACCACAAGUCCACGAGAAGGGGAAGUGGGCCGGAAACAACCUGGCUAAACUGCUUGGAAAGCAGCAAUGCUAGCAGCUAUGCUAACUGCUACACCACCAACUAGCUUCUACCAAGGUUAAGUUUCUGUAUAUGAAGCUAAGGACUGCAAGCUACAACAAAACCAACUAAAUAUUGGUUUUGUUUGCUCCUUAAAAGUGUCCUUAAAAGUGCACUUGUUGUGCACUAGAGGGCGCAAUGACAGCAGAUUUGUCCGAUCAACUUUAGGUGACAUUGUCAUCAGAGAGUGACGAGGGAGUGAUGACAUUAAUGAAGAAUGAAUGAAUAAGAUUCCUAUGAGACGUGUUCAAACGUUUCAAGUAAUGUUCCUCGUCAUGACGACAACAAGGCGGCCGCUUGGAUGCGGACCAAUCAGAAUAAAGCAAAGAGGCCACGUGGUGUGCUUUGGCAAGCCGCCAACCGUUUUCACACAUUGCCGCCCCCUCCUCCUCUUCCUCCCCGGGCGCCAAUCAGACGCCACGCGGCGCGCGGCCACGGGUGGCGCCAGACGCAGUGGAGGGCACGAGCCGACACACUCCCCCUCCCCCUCCUGUCACCGAACAUCAGCCUGCCAACAAGCACCACCCCCCCCACCUCCACCCCCCGCGUCGUGAGGACGACACACGUAUCCGUUCAUAACCUCCGCCAUUAUUCAUCGCCCCCUCCCCCCCGCAGGGUCUCGCUGCCUUCUCGCCACCUGCCUCUCCUCCUUCCUGCCUCGCGCUCGCUCGUGCCAAGCCCAGCCACAGGGAAGUAAACAAACAUGUCGGGCAUGACAAGCGGCGUGUGCGUGGAGAGCGAUCUGUCCUCCGUCCUCCAGAGAAGCUCCGCCUCCUCGCACCAUCAUCCAAAUCACCAUGGCUACGGCACACAGAGCCAGGUGUCCACGCUGGCGCCGGUAUUGGACUACAGCAGCGAGAUGGACCGCUACCGCUCGUCCAUUGCCAGCCUCUACAAGACCAAUGUCAACAUGGACGUCACCAGCUUUCCGCCGUCCGCCAAGCUCGCGGCCCGACUGGCAGCGGCCACCCCCAUCUUUCCCCCUGCCGCCACCAGACUGGGUGCCAUGGCGGCGGCGCCCUGGGGUUGCCACGACAACAUGAACCACCCAGCGGCCGUCUUCUGGGGGCGGCCCAAACCUUCCGCCACGCACCAUCACCACCACCCACCCCCUCCAGCCACACCUUCUGGUCACAUGACUCCCUCACAUCCCCACAGCAGUGCCAUGCACCAGGGUGGCGGGGUGGCAGGCGGGGGGGGAGGCGGGCGACCCGACGAGGGGGGGCGGACAGAAAAACAUUCACUUCCUGUUGCUCAAACAGCACACCACCACCCCAUGGCACCGAGCAAUGGGAAUUUCCCGCCCGGCUACGGCGGGGCGGCUGACUGUGGCGUCAACAAGCAAGGACAUGCCCACCCAGACGUGAUGGGCCUAUCGGAGGGGGGCAGCUGCAAUGGGGGAGGGGUUAUCGGGAGUAGCUUCUUGGGGGGCCUGGGCUUACCCCCGGGUGUCAUUGUCAUGGCAAUGGGGUCGGCCGGUGGUGGGAUCUCAGACGCCAGCAGCGCUUUCCAGAUGACGGGCAGCCAGCGAGCGCCAACGGACUGCCAGCAACACGCCAACUCCUCCCCCUGCCCCGCUGCCUCCUCGCCCUCGUCCUCAGGGGUGACUGCAGGGGGUGUGGUCCUGUCUUCGCCGUCGUCAUCAGGGGCGUCGGCCAAGAGGAAGAGGAAACGGUGUGGCGUGUGUGGGCCGUGCAGGCGGCUCAUCAACUGUGGCGUGUGUUCGUCCUGUCGCAACAGGAAGACAGGUCACCAGAUCUGCAAGUUCCGGAAGUGCGAAGAACUCAAGAAGAAGCCGGGGGGAGGCGGGGGAGGGGUUCUCGAGAGGCCGCCAUCUGUCCCGACUGGCGAGGCCUUUCGUUGGUUCUUCUAGUCCGCGCUGGAGGCCAAACAGGAAGUGGCCAUCAAUGGACUAUAACGUGUGAGAGAAACUGUUGACAGCUGCCUCCUGGUGGCUGCUUGCUGUAUAUGUCAUAAACUCCGCCCCCUCGCGUGUGAGCAGAGGGCUCAACGUGUAAAUUAAUAAAUUUUCUUAAUCUUAGGUUCUCUUUCUUCAACUCCUAACACUUAUCCAUCAAACAGGUGGGCGGGGACUCAUGCUAAUUUAUGACACACAGCGUAGCUUUUCUGGUCCGGACCACCGGCACCACUUGGCCUCCAGAGGUGAAGCAUGAGAGCUCAGCAGGAGAUCCUACAGAGAAUGGACUACAAUUUAUCCCUUAAGGACUACAAGUACCAAAUGACUUCCACAAAAGCGCCUCUGGUGAAACCUGUGAUUGACUUCCUGUACGGGACUCGGCUGAGUGAUGUAGUUUUCAGCAGACUUGGACUAGAACCUGGAAGCAUUCACCAAGGCAGAAAAUGUCAACAAAAUCCAGCAACAAUAAGAAGACACCCCAUCCUCAAGACCUCUACCCGGACCACACAGACACGUCAGCUGAUUGCAUCAUGCUGGGCGAGCGCAUUCACGUGAGGAGUGCUCACGUGAAUAAGUGGUGAGGCAGAAGUCUGGUUGCCGUUGACGACAGAGCGCCGUGUUGCUAGGCAACUGCUAACAAUGGACCUGCUACUGUUCCACAAUGUGGGCGUGGCCUGAAAGGGGGCGGGAAAUGCUUGUACACAAUGACCCAUGACACUAUUUGUCAGUGUAUGAGUGCGCUAGAUCAACAUUUCCAGCGUUUUUUAAAGCUUUGCAUUAAAAGCACUCCAGGUUAAAAAAAACAACUGCCCUUUAUUUUGAAGCCACAGUAACUGCCUUAAUGUGCCAUCUAGUGGCAGGCAACCGACAUUGCAGAUAACUGGAGGACAAGAUUCAGUCGUAACGUCAUCAUGGCAACCGGACGCCAAGUAGUGGCACAAGAAACACUUGGAAUGUUUAAAGAAGAAACCUCAAUCCAACACAUCAUCAUGACAAACCUUUCAAUAAAACUCAGGUUAUG